AUCUCUCCCAAGUUCCACCUCUCCAAUUAUUGCGUCCUUUAUAGACUCUCUUCAUUUCACCUCAAAAAUCUCUGCUAAUUAUUUCCCUUAAAGAUACUCUCUCUCUCUCUCUCUCUCCCUCCAUGGCUAGUGUGCAAGAAAUCUCGAAUGCUUCACGCAUGCAGUACAUGACGGAUGACUAUCAGAGCAGCGAUAUUGAAGAAGAAGACGAGGAAGGAGAAGAAGUUAGCGAAGAGGAAGAAGAGGAGAAGGGCGAGAAUGGAAGCUCGAAUGGCGACUGCAAAAACAUCUACUUCAUGUUCGGACCUCGGCGGGGAGAAGGGUGGUCGCUAGGGCAGGUGUUGGACCCUCGAGCCAAGUGGGUUCAAGAAUGGAACAGGGUGUUCCUCCUGGUGUGCGCCACGGGGCUCUUUCUAGACCCUCUCUUCUUCUACGCGCUCUCCAUAAGCGACACGUGCAUGUGCCUCUUCAUCGACGGUUGGUUCGCCAUCACCGUCACCGUGCUUCGUUGCAUGACCGACGCGUUGCACAUCUGGAACAUGUGGUUGCAGCUCAAGAUGGCUAACCGCUCCUUCGCCGUUGGCGCCACGGCGGGGCUCCGGGACACCUGUCCUCGCACCGUCGCUCUCCGCUACUUGAAGGCCAAGAGAGGCUUUCUCUUCGAUCUCUUUGUCAUUUUGCCUCUGCCACAGGUUGUCUUAUGGGUGGCAAUUCCCUCUCUUCUGGAAAGAGGGGAAGUAACUAUUGUGAUGACAGUAUUCUUAAUAAUAUUUCUGUUCCAGUAUCUGCCAAAGAUCUACCACUCUGUCUGCCUCCUGCGCCGCAUGCAAAACUUCUCCGGCUACAUUUUUGGAACAGUUUGGUGGGGAAUAGCCCUCAACUUGAUCGCAUAUUUUGUAGCCUCUCAUGCAGCGGGAGCAUGUUGGUACUUGCUAGGAAUCCAAAGAUCUGCAAAGUGCCUGAAAGAGCAAUGUGGAGCAACAAGUAGCUGUGGCUUAAGAAUACUAUCUUGUAAAGAACCUAUCUAUUACGGAACUGCGAGCAUGGUGAGAGACAGAUCCCGACUUGAUUGGGCUGAGAACAAAAACGCAAGGUCUACAUGCUUAGAAAGUGCCGAUAAUUACAAUUAUGGAGCUUAUAAAUGGACUGUUCAACUUGUUGCCAACGAUAGCCGCUUAGAGAAGAUCCUUUUUCCCAUCUUUUGGGGCCUAAUGACCCUCAGCACCUUUGGGAACUUGGAGAGCACCACAGAAUGGUUAGAAGUUGUUUUCAAUAUCAUCGUUCUCACCAGUGGACUCCUUCUCGUCACCAUGUUGAUCGGAAAUAUCAAGGUGUUCUUGCACGCAACAACGUCGAAGAAGCAAGCAAUGCAAUUGAAAAUGAGGAAUAUAGAGUGGUGGAUGAAAAAGAGGCAGUUGCCGCAGGGGUUCCGGCAUCGAGUGCGCAACUAUGAGCGGCAUCGAUGGGCCGCAAUGCGUGGAGUUGAUGAGUGCCAGAUGAUACGUAACCUCCCUGAAGGCCUUCGGAGGGACAUCAAGUACCACCUCUGCUUGGACUUGGUCAGACAGGUGCCAUUGUUCCAGCACAUGGAUGAUCUGGUCCUCGAGAACAUAUGUGACCGUGUGAAGUCCCUCAUAUUCACCAAGGGAGAAACGAUAACUAGUGAGGGAGACCCAGUUCAAAGAAUGCUAUUUAUAGUAAGAGGUCACCUUCAAAGCAGCCAAGUUCUUCGAGACGGCGUGAAAAGUUGCUGCAUGUUAGGCCCCGGAAACUUCAGCGGCGACGAGCUUCUUUCAUGGUGUCUCAGAAGACCCUUCAUCGAAAGACUACCGCCAUCUUCGUCAACACUCGUAACUCUCGAAACCACUGAAGCAUUUGGCCUGGAAGCAGAUGAUGUGAAAUAUGUUACGCAGCAUUUUCGUUACACAUUUGUGAACGAGAAGGUUAAGAGAAGCGCCAGAUAUUAUUCACCGGGAUGGAGAACUUGGGCGGCGGUGGCAAUCCAAUUGGCCUGGAGGAGAUAUAAGCACCGCCUCACGCUAACCUCUCUGUCUUUUAUCCGGCCAAGGAGGCCGGUGUCUCGGUGUUCUUCGAUGGGAGAGGACAGGCUCCGGCUUUAUACAGCUUUGUUGACUUCACCAAAGCCAAAUCAAGAUGAUUUCGACUUUUGAAAUCAUAUUAAAGCUUUAUAUGUGUAUUGGAUAGAAGAAAACAUGGGCUUCUUGGAUCUUAAAAGUACUUAUAAGGUCAAUCAUAAUGGGGAAUUUUUGAGGCCGCCUCAAUUUGGUGACAUCAAUUAUAAUUGUUGAAUA